AUGAUUCUGCUCCGUUGGCUGGGGCUCACUUUCACGCUCCUACCAUUCGCUUCCUCGUUGCCCUUCGCGCUAUGGCGUCGCCAGCUCGGAAACGUUCUCGAUUCUGCAUUGGGACUACUCUCAACCUCGACCACACCCGUUCUCGACAGUAUCAACACUCAAAGCAUCCCUGGUGGCUCCAUCGUCUCUCCUUUACUUGACACCGUCGAAGAAGCAGCCUCAGGUCAAGGUCUCGUGCAAGGCUUGCUAGGUACCAUCGAAGGUGCCAUUGGAGAAGAGCAGACUUUCGACUAUGUCGUCGCUGGGGGAGGAACAGCUGGGAUACCAAUAGCAGUGAGGCUUGCACAGGCUGGCUUCUCCGUCGCGCUCAUUGAAGCUGGGAUUUUCUAUGAGAUCGGCAAGCCGGUGCUGGGCACCACACCCGCGGGCGCAUUCUUUGGUGUCGGCUGGAGCCAGCUCGAUCAAAUACCUACUGUCGAUUGGGGAUUUACUACAGAGCCUCAAUGGGGCAAUGGCUUCCGACGGAUGCACUACGCUCGCGGCAGGUGCUGCUCCCAUACGACGUUCACGCCGCCUAAUAAUGACAUUCGAAGAGCAAACGCCUCCACCCUCUAUGACCCUACUGCCUUUGUCCCUAUUUGCGGUCCCGUUCAGGUGGGUUACACGAAUUGGGUGUCCGUCUGGGCAACAUGGCUGGAACGUGGCCUGCAAGCCGUCGGGAUUGGUAGGACGUUGGGGUUCAACCAUGGUCAGCUUCUCGGCUACCACUACUCACAAUCCACGAUACGUUCUGAUAAACAGUCGAGAAGUGCUUCCGAUGAAUACUUGGCACUCGUCCGGGGCAAUCCACUCUUGAAAGUGUACAGUGAGACGAUGGUAAAGCAAAUACUCUUCUCUGGUGCGACGGCAAUCGGUGUAAGAGUUAGCGCCUUGCUUUUGGAAAGGAACAUUUAUGCCCGUCGAGAAGUCAUUCUGAGCGCGGGAGUCUUCCAAUCGCCACAAAUGCUGAUGGUGUCUGGAGUGGGUCCGCCAGAGACACUGGCUUCGAUGGGAAUUCCGAUCGUGUCCCCGUUGUACGAAGUCGGUCAGAAUAUGUGGGAUCACAUCAUUCUAGGACCUUCUCACGAAGUCAAUUUCGACACCGUCGAUCGUUUUCUUCACGACCCUGUUGUUCUUGCCGAGACUCUAGCUGAAUACCUGAGUGUUCCGCCAACGGGCCCUCUGACGUCCAAUGUCGUCGAGCUUUUGGGAUGGGAGAAGCUGCCCGAGAAAUAUCGUGCAACAUGGUCGCCAGAGACACAAACCAUAAUGGCCCAUUUCCCAGCAGAUUGGCCGGAGCUCGAGCACGUCACCGGAAAUGGCCAUCUCGCUGACUUUUGGUUUCCCGUACUGCAACAGCCCCUCAACUUCAGGCAGUAUGCCAGCGUGUUCACUGCGAUGGUCGCCACGACAUCAAGAGGGAACGUCACAAUCCGCUCGCCAGACGCCAAUAUUCCACCAAUCAUUUCUCCCAACUACCUCGAAACAAGAGCAAAUCAAGAGGUUGCGAUCUCGUGGUUCCGUCGCAUGCGAGAGAUUUGGGCAACGCCCGAUCUGCAGUCUAUCACGAUACCUCAGCCAGAUGGCAGUCCGGAGUUCUGGCCUGGCUGGCAGAUCGAUACGGACGAAGAGAUCCUAGAUCUUAUUCGAAGCUCGUUCAUGACGGUCUGGCAUGCAAGCAGUACAUGCAAAAUGGGACUUCCACAAGAUCCGAUGGCUGUCGUUGAUACUCGGGGAAGAGUCUACGUAACUCAGAACCUGAGAGUGUGCGAUGCGUCCAUCAUGCCAAUUCUGCCACCUGGCCAUCCGCAGAGCACGAUAUAUGCACUGGCGGAGAAAAUUGCAGAAGACAUCAUACUCGGGUACUAG